GGCUACAAAGUGCUGCGGUCUCCAUCGUGGAGGCUGACGUUAGAAAGUAAACGAGAUGGAAAAUAUAGAUGACUUAAUCAUAAAGUUGUACGAAGUCCAAGCUGUUAAAUUUGGGACGUUCAAGCUGAAGAGCGGAAUAAUUUCGCCGAUUUAUUUUGAUCUCAGGGUGAUCGUUUCUCAUCCGUCGCUUUUGAAUCAGGUAUCCAGCCUCCUGUUCCAGUGUGCCCAGGAUGCGGGGGUGCAGUUCGACACGGUGUGCGGCGUCCCAUACACGGCUCUGCCGCUGGCCACGAUCAUCUGCUCCAGGCAUGAGCUGCCAAUGCUCAUUCGGAGGAAGGAGGCCAAAGAUUACGGAACGAAGCGGCUGGUGGAGGGGACGGUGAGGCAGGGGGACAGGUGCCUGGUGAUCGAGGACGUGGUGACAAGCGGCAGCAGCGUGCUGGAGACGGCGGAGGUGCUGCAGAGGGAGGGUCUGAGUGUGACGGACGCGGUGGUGCUGAUGGACCGGGAACAGGGGGGCCGGGAGCGACUGGCCCGGGAGGGGGUCACCCUGCACUCCGUCGUCUCCAUCUCCAAGCUGCUGGAGGUUCUGACGGCUGCGGGACGCAUCGAGGCGGACACGGCGGAGAGCGUACGCGCUUUCGUACGGGAGAACAGCACACUGGCGUCCCCGCGGCAGAACGGCUCGCCGGCGGCCAAGCGGGCGUGUGCACAGCUGAGCUACACGGCACGGGCGGAGCUCCCGGAGACGCACCCCCUGGCCGCGCGCCUCCUCCGGCUGAUGGAGGAGAAGAGGAGCAACCUGUGCGUGUCGGCGGACGUGACGGACAGCGCGGAGCUGCUGCAGCUGGCCGACGCCCUGGGCCCUCUCGUCUGCCUGCUGAAGACGCACGUCGACGUCCUGCGGGACUUCACCCCCGACGUCGCUGACACGCUCACCGCGCUCGCCGCCAAACACCGCUUCCUCAUCUUUGAGGACCGCAAGUUUGCCGACAUCGGAAACACAGUCAAGCACCAGUACGAGGGGGGGCUGUACCGGAUAUCCUCCUGGUCCCACAUCGUUAAUGCCCACGCCGUACCUGGCCCAGGUGUGGUGCAGGGGCUCCGUGACGUGGGCAGGCCCCUGGAUCGGGGGUGUCUGCUCAUCGCCCAGAUGAGCUCCAAGGGCUCCUUAGCAACAGGAGACUACACCCAGGCUGUGGUGAGGAUGGCGGAAGAGCACUCGGACUUUGUGUUUGGGUUCAUCUCAGGCCAGAAGAUAAGCAGUAAACCUCAGUUUGUGCACAUGACCCCGGGUGUGCAGAUGCAGUCAGGCGGAGAUGACCUGGGCCAGCAGUAUUCCACCCCCAGUGAUGUGAUUGGACGAAAAGGCUCUGAUGUCAUCAUUGUGGGACGGGGAAUUCUGGCAGCCGCAGACAGAGUGAAAGCUGCUGAGCAGUACAGACAGGCUGGCUGGGAGGCCUAUCUGAACAGGCUGUCAGCGCCCUGCCAGUGAAGCCGCAUGAGUUUACCGGUUUAAUCUGGUUUAAUGAUUCCCUCCACUCAGUGACCUGGCCCAUUCCACAGAGGGCAGCUGACACAACACCUCUGUCCUUUGCUCCUUUGCUUUUUGCCUUUGAACACGCUUCACUCCCUCUGCUGGUAACUGCAACAAAUUUCAGUUUCAUCCCUCCAGAUAAUUACUUCUUGUUUUAAUGGUUGUAUUAAAAAGAUGUUUAAAAU